UUUUGACAGCAGGUUAGCUGUGUGUAGCAGCUCUUCAUCAAACUCAAAACUACAACUAAACAAUCGAAACAAACACAUGAAGUCUCAGAACAUUGGGGUUGCUCGAAGACGGAGAGGUAGAACCCCAACUCCUGGGAAAUAUCUUGGACUUGUUAGAACAGUUAGUGAGAGACACAGGUCGUCGCACAGCUACUCUUCUCGGCGUUCUCCUAGCUACUCUCCAUAUAGAAGCUCGAGUUGCUCAUCUCAUUAUUCAUCUGAUCGUAGCAGGAGUAGAUCCUAUUCUGUUGACCGACGCCAAAGAUCGUUCUCCCCUUAUAGCCGUCGAAGAUAUGAUUCUCCGGACUAUAGGCAUCAUAGGUCAUAUUCUCGAUCCCGCACACCGUAUAGGUUACCUACCAGGAGACGCGACAGGUCUUACUCACCUUAUGACUGUUAUUCGCCUGAACCUUACUAUAGAAGGCACAGGCAUUGGUCCCGGUCAUAUUCUCGAUCCUGCUCACCGCAUAGGACACCUACCAGGAGAUGUGACAGGUCUUACUCACCUUAUGAUUGUUAUUCCCCUGAACCUUACUAUAGAAGGCACAGGCAUCGGUCCCCUGAACCCUACUACAGAAGGCGCAUGCAUCGAUCCCCUGAACCCUACUACAGAAGGCACAAGUAUCGGUCAGUUUCUAGGAGCCUUUCACCGAGGAGGAGAACCUUAAGGAGUUACUCUCGCAGCCCCUCCCAGGAAUCGAGGAGUAGUUACUCACGUAGUAUUUCCUCUGAACGAAGCAGUAGAUCAGGGAGCUAUUCACGCAGUGUUUCUCCUGAAUCAAGGGGCUCAAGGAGUCGCUCUUGCAGCCAUACCCCGAGACGACAUUAUGAGAGUCCACGUAAGAGAGGGCAUUCUGGUGGGAGUCAAUCGAGAAGUCAAAGUGUGGUUUCAAGGUCUGUUAGUCCUGCUUGAUUGACUGAUCUACCGACAUCCUCAUAUAGCCAAGAUAUGUUGGAAUUGUUAAUGGGAAGUGUCUUCAACAGCUUCAUGGCCAUGAUUUAUAACUAUGAAGUGCCUGCCCGUGGACUUGUGAAGGUGAAAAUGAUGGGUCUAAAGUUUAAUGUCGAUUUCCAGCUCAAGCUCGUGGGUCGGUCGUUGGGUCUAUUUUAUGUACUUUUGAAGGCACCCGGUCUGCGGGUGGAAUAUCAUAUAUUUAUAUUGUGAUUUGGGACUUGAGCCUACUGUAUUUGCUAUUAAUAGUUUGCUACCAUUUUCUGCUAAUAUUUUGAUUUAUUUAGCAUGUAUUUCCUAUUCUGUUGGCAUUGGUAGCUUCUGAUAUUACAGGAGACUGAUCAUCUCUCAUUAGUAAGAUGAGCAGAGUUAAUUUA